CCGGGGCCUGGUGGAGGUGGCGAAGAGGCGCGGGAGAGAAUGCUACAUUUCCCAGAAGGCAGCCUUUGCAGGCGCUCGUGAACCCAGGAAUUGCAGGACCUUGGGAGCGGCGAAGGAGAAUACUGUAUUUCCCAAAAGGUGCACCCCUGGCAUGCGCUUGUGAACUAAAGCCGAACGGGGCCUGUGGGAGGUGACAGAGGACUACAUUUCCCAGAAGGCAUCGCUGCAGGGUGGUAAACCACCGAGACUGGUGAACUUUUUUCCUCUCCAUUCUCCUUUCCGGAACAACCGUCAUCCUUCGCUGCGUGGCAUUCUGGGAAUCGUAGGCUUCCUCCGCCCCGCGGGCCACGAUCUGGGCCGCCCAUGAGGUUGCCAGCGUUUGCCCGAGCUGGAUUUCCGCGAGAGGAGUUCUCCGGAGCGGGAGCUGAGGCGACGGAGGCGGAGGCGGCGUGGGCGCCCCGGGGCUCGCGCGGCGCGCGCUCUCCCCUUCCUGCCGCGGCGGCGGUGACCCCGCCCGCUCGUCGGGCGCCACGCAGUAGGAGAGUCGGAGGAGCAGCGAGCGGCCAGCCUCCAGCAGCGGCGGCCGGGGCUGCGGAGCUCUCCGCCUCCCUUCCUCUGCGGCUCCACGGUGGCGACCUGCUCCCGGGGCUGAAGAAGGUGCGGAGCGGAUGGAGUGAGCGACCAGGGUAGGUGGGCUCGCCUCCCGGGGAAGCGAGCCCCCCCUGCCCCGUUUCAUCCGGUGCGCCCCCUCCCCCCUCCCACGCGAGCAGCACGUGGACCCCACCCCCUCUCCCCCACCGCAGCCCGCCCCACCCGAGAUUUGGGGGACUGGAUCCCCCCCCCCCGGGGCCGGAGGGAGGGCGGCCCCGCAGCGUUCCAAGCAGCCCCCUGGCACCUCGCUUAAUUCCUUUUUCCUCUUUUUAGGCGCAGAUGUUUGUGAAUUCCACUGUGAGAUCAGGGGGCAAGCCUAUUAAGAUUCGAAAACUCGGAGUAUAGCAGCAGGCAUGGAUGAGCAGGCCCUCUUAGGGCUAAAUCCAAAUGCUGAUGCGGACUUCAGACAAAGGGCACUGGCCUAUUUUGAACAGUUAAAGAUUUCCCCAGAUGCCUGGCAGGUGUGUGCAGAAGCUCUGGCCCAAAGGACAUAUAGUGACGAUCAUGUCAAGUUCUUCUGCUUUCAAGUUCUAGAACACCAAGUGAAAUUCAAGUAUUCGGAACUUACUGCAGCUCAACAGCAGCUAAUUAGGGAAACUCUUAUAACUUGGCUCCAAGCUCAGAUGCUGAAUCCCCAGCCGGAGAAGACUUUCAUUCGAAACAAAGCAGCGCAAGUCUUCGCAUUACUCUUCGUUACAGAAUAUCUCACUAAAUGGCCCAAGUAUUUCUUUGAUAUUCUGUCAGUAGUGGACCUUAACCCCAGAGGAGUAGAUUUAUACCUCAGAAUCCUCAUGGCUAUUGAUGCAGAAUUGGUCGAUCGGGAUGUAGUUCACACAUCAGAGGAGGCUCGUAGGAAUACCUUAAUAAAAGAUACCAUGAGGGAGCAGUGCAUUCCAAAUCUGGUGGAAUCAUGGUACCAAAUCUUACAAAAUUAUCAGUAUACUAAUUCAGAGGUAACAUGCCAGUGCCUUGAAGUAGUUGGGGCCUAUGUCUCCUGGAUAGACUUGACCCUGAUAGCCAAUGAUAGGUUUAUAAAUAUGCUGCUAGGUCAUAUGUCAAUAGAAGUUCUCCGUGAGGAAGCAUGUGACUGUUUGUUUGAAAUUGUAAAUAAGGGAAUGGACCCAGUUGAUAAAAUGAAACUAGUGGAAUCCUUAUGUCAAGUGUUACAGUCUGCAGGGUUUUUCAGCAUUGAACAGGAAGAAGAUGUAGACUUCUUAGCCAGAUUUUCUAAGCUAGUAAAUGGAAUGGGACAGUCAUUGAUCGUCAGCUGGACUAAACUGAUUAAGAAUGGAGAUAUGAAGAAUGCUCAGGAGGCCCUCCAGGCCAUUGAAACGAAGGUGGCUCUGAUGUUGCAGCUGCUCAUUCAUGAGGAUGAUGACAUCUCCUCCAAUAUUAUUGGGUUUUGUUACGAUUACCUUCACAUUUUGAAACAGCUUACAAUGCUCUCUGAUCAACAAAAAGCUAAUGUGGAGGCAAUCAUGUUGGCUGUUAUGAAAAAAUUGACUUAUGAUGAAGAAUAUAACUUUGAGAAUGAGGGUGAAGAUGAAGCUAUGUUUGUAGAAUAUAGAAAACAACUGAAAUUGUUGUUGGAUCGCCUUGCUCAAGUCUCACCAGAGUUGUUGCUGGCCUCUGUUCGUAGAGUUUUUAGCACUACACUGCAGAAUUGGCAAGCUACUAGGUUUAUGGAAGUUGAAGUAGCAAUAAGAUUGCUGUAUAUGUUGGCAGAAGCUCUUCCAGUAUCUCAUGGUGCCCACUUCUCAGGUGAUGUUUCAAAAGCUACUGCUUUGCAGGACAUGAUUCGAACUUUGGUAACAUCUGGUGUCAGUGCCUAUCAGCAUACAUCAGUGACAUUAGAGUUCUUUGAAACUGUAGUACGAUAUGAAAAGUUUUUUGCUGUUGAACCUCAGCACAUUCCUUGUGUUCUAAUGGCAUUCUUAGAUCAAAGAGGCCUGCGUCACUCUAGUCCAAAAGUAAGGAGCAGAACAGCGUAUCUUUUCUCUAGAUUUGUCAAGUCUCUCAAUAAACAAAUGAAUGCUUUCAUUGAGGAUAUUUUGAACAGAAUACAAGACCUGUUGGAGCUUUCUCCACCUGAAAAUGGUUACCAGUCUUUGUUGAGCAGUGAUGAUCAGCUCUUUAUUUAUGAGACCGCAGGAGUACUAAUUGUCAACAGUGACUACCCAGCAGAAAGGAAACAGGCUUUAAUGAGGAAUCUGUUGACUCCAUUAAUGGAAAAGUUUAAAAUUUUGUUAGAAAAAUUGAUGCUGGCACAAGAUGAAGAAAGGCAGGCUGCCCUAGCAGACUGUCUCAACCAUGCUGUUGGAUUUGCCAGCCGAACAAGUAAAGCUUUCAGCAACAAACAGACUGUGAAACAGUGUGGCUGUUCUGAGGUUUAUUUGGACUGUUUACAGACAUUUCUGCCAGCCCUCAGCUGUCCUUUACAGAAGGAGAUUCUCAGAAGUGGCGUCCGUACUUUUCUUCAUCGAAUGAUCAUUUGUCUUGAGGAAGAAGUUCUUCCCUUCAUCCCUUCAGCCUCAGAACACAUGCUUAAAGACUGUGAAGCCAAGGACCUUCAGGAAUUCAUUCCUCUCAUCAAUCAGAUUACAGCUAAAUUCAAGACGCAGGUGUCGCCGUUUUUGCAGCAAAUGUUCAUGCCUUUGCUUCACGCCAUCUUUGAGGUGCUGCUUCGCCCCGCAGAGGAGAAUGACCAGUCUGCUGCUUUGGAGAAACAGAUGCUGAGGAGGAGUUACUUUGCCUUCCUGCAGACAGUCACAGGGAGUGGGAUGAGCGAGGUCAUUGCCAACCAGGGUGCAGAGAACGUUGAGAGAGUAUUGGUGACUGUCAUUCAAGGAGCAGUAGACUAUCCCGAUCCAAUUGCCCAGAAAACCUGCUUUAUCAUCCUCUCAAAGCUCGUGGACCUCUGGGGGGGCAAAGAUGGACCAGUAGGAUUUGCUGAUUUUGUCUACAAACACAUCGUUCCUUCCUGUUUCUUAGCACCUUUAAAACAAACUUUUGACUUGGCGGAUGCACAGACAGUUCUGGCAUUAUCUGAGUGUGCAGUGACUCUAAAAACAAUUCAUCUCAAAAGGGGCCCAGAAUGUAUUCAGUAUCUUCAGCAGGAAUACCUCCCUUCUCUUCAGGUAGCUCCUGAAAUAAUCCAGGAGUUCUGUCAAGCCCUUCAGCAGCCUGAUGCUAAAGUAUUUAAAAAUUACUUAAAGGUAUUCUUUCAGAGAGCAAAACCCUAAGGAUCAUACUGGAAAUUCCUGUACCAAUUUCCACGAUAAGGAUCUCCAGUUAACUAAUUUAUACAAAUGGCAUUUUUUUUGUGCCAUUCAUACUGGUGGUCUUUUUAAAGUUGCUCUGUGCUUACUGCAAUGUGUAUUUUAGCAUUUUUCUGUAAGAAUGGGGUAUGGCUGAGUUGGCUUAAAUACAGGUAUAUAACAAAAGUUGUUAUGGUAUCUUUAAUUUUUUUAUUUGAAAAUUAAUUGAAAUCUUUAAAAACCAUAGCAGUGAUUAAGCAAUGUAUAUUCUUUAAAAAAAUUAUUGAUUAUAACAUGUUCAAUCCAAGAAUUUAAUUUUCCCUCAUGUAUGCCAAUAUUAAAAUCUGGAAGGAAAAAAUCAAAACUGAUUUUUUUUUUUUAAUAGAUAGCCAUGGCAUUUCUUUAAGCUGUUUUAAUGCUAACAUGUGUUUACUACAGAACACAGUGAUUUCAUAAAUUAAUUGAUUUAAGAGUAGGUGCUGGUUAUACGUUUUUAUAUAAAAAAUAAAUUUUACGUAGUGAA